UCAGUUGUUUCAGAUAUCUGAAAGUUUAGGUGAGCUGCUAUUAUGAAGGUCACUGGAUGUAUGAGGGUGUUUGUAUUAAGGGUUUAUUUGCCCUGAAGAGAAAUCUCAGAGAUGAUACCAGUCCUCCAAAAGACAAAGGCACAUGAAGAAAAGGCAUUCCAAACAUCAUGGGGAAAACAUUUGAGAAAAAGCCAACUGCUGUUGGAACCUUUGGUGUCAGGCUGGAUGACUGUCCCCCGGGUCACACCAAUCAGUAUAAUGUAGUAUAUUCCACUAAUAGCUGACAUAUGCUGCAAAUUAGUUGAAGAAAGAGGACUUGACCAUACAGGAAUUUACAGAGUUCCUGGAAAUAAUGCUGCUAUCUCAAGAAUGCAAGAGGAAUUCAACAAAGGAAUGGCUGAUAUUGAUAUACAGGAUGAUAUGGUACCAAGAAAUCUAGCCAUUGUUUUUGGUCCAACCCUUGUGCGAUCUUUAGAAGAUAAUAUGACACAUAUGGUGACUCACAUGCCUGACCAGUACAAAAUUGUAGAAACCCUUAUCCAACAUCAUGACUGGUUUUUCACAGAAGAAGGUGCAGAAGAGCCUCUUACAACAGUUCAGGAGGAAAACACUGUAAAAUCUCAGCCAGUGCCUAACAUAGAUCCUUUACUGACCGACAUUGGAAAGACGGGCGUAUCUCCUGGAGAUGUAUCAGUUCUUGUUCUAGUACUAAAGGGGGUUUCAGCACUUUGUGACACAGGCAAAUCUAUACUGAUGUUGCACAACAGGCGAAACAGGAGGCGUCUAUCCCGUGGUCAUGUCACUAGUGGACGCUGUGGUGUCCGUGAUGGACAGCUGGACCUGUAG